AUGUCUGUGGGGUGGCAUGCUGAUGAUGAGCAGCUCUUUCAGGGAAAGUCCAGGGACUGCCGCAUCAUCUCCCUCUCCUUGGGCGCCACCCGCAGCUUCGAGCUGCGCAGGAAUUGGUCGGAUGCGUCGGAAGACCACACAGUCAGACUGGAGCUCGGCGACGGAGAUCUUUGCACCAUGGAAGGAAUGCUUCAGAAGCACCUCCAGCACCGGGUGCCUCGUGAACACCAGGUGUCUGGCCCGAGGAUCAACCUCACGUGGCGCUGGAUUGUGAAGCACGCGCCGGGCUGCCCGCUCUCACGGCGGGCUUUCCGUUGA